AUGUCUAAGAGAACAAAGAAGGUCGGUGUCACUGGGAAGUACGGUACGAGGUACGGGGCGUCGCUGCGUAAGCAAGUGAAGAAGAUCGAGAUAUCGCAGCACUCGAAGUACCAAUGCCCCUUCUGUGGAAAGACUUCCGUCAAGCAAGCUUGUGUUGGCAUCUGGAAGUGUCGUGGAUGUGACAAAACUAUGGCGGGUGGAGCUUGGAUUCUUAGUACUCCUGCAGCUGCAACUGCACGGUCAACUGUUCAGCGUCUACGCAAGACUAUGGCGACAGCAGAGUAG